GCGAUACCCGCGGAAUUUUUACAUGUUUGUUUUUGUUUGUGUAAUUUAAUUUGUAUUACGUUUUGAAUUGCAUAUCCUGACCGAUAUAAACAGAAAGGAUUUCAAGAUCAAUUUAAUAAAAUAUCAAACUCAACAUGGGGAAGAAACCGGUGCCUGCCAACAGUAACACAGCAAACAAACAUAAAGAGAAGCGUUUGGCAAGAAAGCUGGAGCAGCGGCGCAUCGCUGACGGCAUGACCCACGUCACCUCCGCCAACAGGCUGCAGGAUAUAGCCUCCCUGUGUAAAGAGCUGCUAGUCUACAAGAAUGAUGAUCUUGAAGUAGAAAUGUACAUACAAAGAGUCUCUGAUCUAGAAAAGAGUGUGCUAGAAUGGGCUAUUGAUCUGACUGAAAGGAAUAUGAAGACUUUAUAUGAAACAUGUGCAUGGGGCUGGAAUAAGACCCGCAAGGUGGAUGAGAUGACGGACGACGCUGCAUGGUACCUCAUUGCUAAACACAAGGACGGCUCUCUACUGGCGUUCUCCCACUUCAGAUUUGACAUGGACUUCGGAGAGCCUGUUCUUUAUUGCUACGAAGUGCAGAUGGAACCUAUGUGCCGGCGGCGCGGGCUGGGGCAGCGCGUGCUGGCCGUGCUGGAGCGCCUCGCGCGCGCCACGCGCAUGCACCGCGUGCGCCUCACCGCGCUCACGCACAACGCAGGCGCGGCCAAGUUCUUCAAGGCUUGCGGUUACAUCCCAGACGAUACAAGUCCAGCGAUGGAGGAGGCGGCGCACUACGAGAUCCUCAGCAAGGAGACAGGCGGCGACGAGGAGCAGGCCACGCUGAGCGAGGGGCUGCAGGCCUGCACGGUGACUGCGGCGCAGUGACGUCACCAGCCAUAGACAAUACGCAGUACCAUAGACUAAUACACGUGCCUAAGGACAAUACGUGAAUUUUGAUCUGUCGAUAUGUACUAUAGUUUCUGUAAAAAUCGAACUUGUGAAAAGUAAUACUCUUUACUGAUACGGAAUUUAGGCUCUAAAACAUAAAAUUCCACAGAAAAAAUAUGGAUAUAACAAAUAUACCGCAUAGAUAGGUAUAUAUUUCUACUAAAUUACAAAUAUACCUAAAUAUGGGCACAUAACUUGCAGCUGCUAAACGAAGGGCGAUAUGGUACCUAAAUUAAAAUUUAAGCAUGAGCCUCAUCUGGCCUGCCGCAUAAAAGCUCACUCUGCAUUUCACAGGCUUUGGUAUGGAUCAAAUUAAUUUGUACACCCAGCGGCAGUCAUGAAAAAUUGUCUUCAUGUAAAAUGAUUGCCAUACGUAAAGCAGCUAAGUGCUUGACUUAAAAUCCCCUUGUUAUUUUUCUCGAUUUAGCUACGUCGACACGGCAACGAUGUAAUUGCCAUCGAAAUAUGCAUAUCUUUUCGAGAUAACACCUCAUUAUAAUUCAUAAGGUGACACGUGAAUAUUGUUGAAAAAACAUUAUAGAGAGAUAUCACAAAACGUGAGUUCAUUAAGACAUCUGGAAUC